CUGUUUUUCUGCAGUGUGGCUUGUUCACCAGCUGAGGGAAGCUUCGAGCCGGGCAGGCACCGGGAGGAAGGAAAGAACCCUUUAGGCAGUCGCGCGUGUGGAGCGCCCUGUGGGUUAACGCAGAGCUGGAGGGAGGAGCGGAGCAUCGGUGAGGCCGAAUGCCGGAGAGCGUUGGGAGCUAUGGAGCUGGUGCGGGGUGCAGCUGCUCUUCGCCCCUCUGCUCAAUACUGGAUGAGUGACUGUGAAGUAGGGAAGAGGCGAAGCUACGGAGAAGGGGGAUUUCUGCCGGGCUCUCCAGUUCACACGCGUUAACCUCAGCCAAAGUUUCCCUGACCAAGUCCGUUUCAGGAGCAGGAGCAGCCCCGUCCUGCCGAAGUCCUGCAUUUUCUGGGAGCCACCUUGGAAGAAAGACGGAGGCACUCCUAGUAUGUUUGAUCUUCCUGUGACUUAGUGCCAGAGUGGCGUGCCUCCCCUGUGGACUUUGUGAGCCACCUGCUCCACUUCGUGAUCGGCGGUGGCUGAGCUGCUCCAGCCUUGAUUUGACUGAAAGCUGCGCUUUGAAAGCCGGGGCGGCUGCUCUGCUCUUUCCUUUCCUCGGGGCCGUGUUGGCUCCUUUGCCCAUAGAGGCGUGUUGCUGCUGCUGCUGCUGCUGCUGCUGCACUAUGGAAGGCUGAGGUCAGCAGCGGGAGGGGAGAGCGAGAGAGCGAAAGCGCAAGCAGCAGCCCUGAUUGACUGACUGAUUCCCUACUUGUCCGAGCUUGCCCUGCUGGGCUUGCCUUCCCUCUCUCUGGCAAUCUCCUGUCCCUCCGGCGGGACUCCAGGAGCAGCACACGCACCCUUCGCUCCCUUCCUUCCCUGAUCCGAUCUAAGUAAUGUAUGCAGUCAUACUCAUAGUUCUUAGUGCAUGGGAACGGCAUCCAAACCAGGCAGCAAAAGAAAGCUGAAAGUCAUGGAGCUGCGUGAAAGAAGUGAAUCUAAUCUGCAGUCUUGACUUUUUGAAGAAACGGGUUGAGAUUCUCCUAUGCAAACUAUGGCCCCAAAACGCAAGGCUGCUGCCCAAGCAGCCAUCAAGGGCAAGAAGGUGAAAGAGGAACCACAGUCAAAGCCUGAACCAGAGGAAGACAGUUUCCGCUCCACCAUGGAGUCACUGAAGGCAGCUCCCAAGGAGAAGCUCAAGGCCAAAAUCGACUCUGCCUGUCAGCUGAGUAAUAUUGAUGGGGCCAAGAUUCAUGAGGACUACGACUGCAUGCUGAACCAAACCAAUAUUGGAUACAACAACAACAAGUUCUACAUCAUCCAGCUGAUAGAGCAGAAUGGGAGCUACAGCUGUUGGAACCGCUGGGGCCGUGUGGGGGAGACAGGACAAUCAAAACUCAGCAGCUUUCCUUCCUUGGAAGCUGCCAAGAAGGACUUCGAGAAGAAAUUUCGGGAUAAGACGAAGAACAGUUGGGCUGACCGGGAGAACUUUGUAGCCCAUGAUGGCAAGUACACGUUGAUCGAAGUGCAACAUGGGGAUGAAGAAGAGAGUGAGGUUACAGUGAAGGUGGACACUGUUGAUGGAGUGAAGCUAUCCAAGCAAAGGGUACGGCCUUGCACUUUGAACAAAGCUACCCAAGAUCUGGUCUCGCUCAUCUUCAGUAAUGACAUGUUUAAAGAAGCCAUGCAGACCAUGAAUAUAGAUGUGAAGAAGAUGCCCUUGGGGAAGCUGAGCAAGCAGCAGAUUGCCAAAGGCUUUGAAGCCUUGGAGGCUAUUGAGGCAGCUCUGCAGAAGCCACGACCCUCCCAGAAGCAGCUGCAAGAGCUCUCCUCUCGUUUCUACACCAUCAUCCCCCACAACUUUGGCCGGACCCGGCCUCCAUCCAUUGACACGCAGGAGGUUGUCCAGGCCAAGAAGGACAUGCUGCUGGUGCUGGCAGAUAUUGAACUGGCCCAGAGCCUACAGGCCCAGAAGAAGAAGGAGGAAGAAGAGGAAGAGGAGAUGGAGGUGGAGGAAGUGCCACAUCCCCUGGACAAAGACUAUGGUCUCUUGAAGUGUGAGCUCACUCUGGUGGACCCAUCCUCAGAGGAUUAUAAGCUGAUCGUCACCUACGUAAAGAAGACGGGUGGCACUUACCGGGAACUUCAGGUCCUGAAUGUUUGGAAGGUGAACAGAGAAAGUGAGGGUAGUCGCUUCAAGAUUCACGACCACCUGGAGAACAGGCGCCUGCUGUGGCAUGGCACGAAUGUGGCUGUCAUUGCUGCAAUCCUGAAGAGUGGCCUGCGCAUCAUGCCACACUCUGGUGGGCGUGUGGGAAAGGGCCUUUACUUUGCGUCUGAGAACAGCAAGUCGGCAGGCUAUGUGGGCACCACCUCCACGCGGGUGGGGAUCAUGUUCUUGAACGAGGUGGCCCUGGGCAAGGAGUAUCGCAUCACUCGAGAUGAUCCUUCCCUACGCAAGCCCCCCGAUGGUUAUGAUAGUGUUGUGGCUUGUGGCGUGACUGAACCAGACCCUGCAUAUGAUAAAGAGCUAAUCCUGGAGGGGAAAACAGUGCUGGUAUCUCAAGGAAAGCCCAUUUCUAUGACUAAGUACCGGGACUCCAGCUUCAGCCAGAGCGAAUACCUGAUCUACCAAGAGAGUCAGUGCCGCAUCCGCUACCUUGUUGAGCUUCACUUCUGAGAGAAGUGCCCCACCUCUGCUCUGAGGAGCCCCUCCUCUCGCUAGCACUGAAAGGGCUUCCAUGAAUGGCUGUGAUGCCAGUCGGAGUGCCUUGGCUUAGUCUGCCCUGUUUCCCAGCUCGCCGUCAUCCAGGAAUUCUGGGGGCUCAGUUGGGCUGAGAAACUGCUCCCCAGCUUGUUCUGAUUACUAUGCUGGGCUCCAUAAAGCAGAUGAACCAUGUUAUGCAAUGUGCAGUUUUAUGUUGUGUGGCAAAGCAAAAGUGACAUCGUGGUCAAAAUCACCAGACCACCAUGGCAAGGGUCUACACCAGGGCUGCUCAACUUCAGCCCUCCUGCAGAUAUUGGCCUAUCACUCCCAUAAUCCCUGGCUAUUGGCCACUGUUGCUGUGGAUUAUGAGAGUUGUAGUCCAAAAACAGCUGUGGGGCCUAAGUUGGCCCAGUCUACACUGGCAUGUACUUACCUUUUUGAGGUACUUUGGCCCUGUAAAUAAAAGGACGCAUGUGAAGACAA